UAAAUAUGCGAUGGAAUUUUAAAUCGCUUCGAGUGCGGUGUGAAAAGCGUUAAUUGUCGGUUGUGUGCGCGGGAGCUCAGACUUUUUAGUUUUAAAUCAACAAAACGUUUCCUUGAACCUACUGGAAAAACUAGUUGCCAAUAAGGCCAGUGGAAAACAAGAGUGGAAGAUUUCUUUAAACUCAUAUCUCAAAGAUGGUACUGACGGAGGCCCUUUUCGUGGUGGUGGCUGCCCUGGUGGCGGUGUACAUGUGGUUCCAGCGAAACCACAGCUACUGGCAACGCAAGGGCAUUCCGUAUAUCCCACCCACUCCGAUUAUUGGAAACACGAAGGUGGUCUUCAAGAUGGAGAACUCCUUUGGCAUGCACCUCUCGGAAAUCUACAAUGAUCCCCGAGUUAAAGACGAGGCCGUGGUGGGGAUAUACUCCCUUAACAAACCCGGUUUAAUUAUUCGCGACAUAGAGUUGAUCAAAUCCGUGCUGAUCAAGGACUUCAAUCGGUUCCACAACCGUUACGCCCGCUGCGAUCCCCACCGCGAUCCCUUGGGCUAUAACAACCUAUUUUUCGUGAGGGAUACCCAUUGGAAGGACAUUCGCACUAAGCUAACGCCUGUUUUUACCAGUGGAAAGGUCAAGCAGAUGUAUACGCUAAUGCAAGAGAUUGGUAGCGAUUUGGAGGCAGCUCUAAAGAGGCAUGGCGAGAAGAGCUCCGGCAAGUACAUCACCGAGAUCAAGGAGAUCUGCGCCCAGUUCUCCACGGACAGCAUAGCCACCAUUGCCUUUGGUAUCCGUGCGAAUAGCCUGCAGAAUCCCAACGCCGAGUUCCGUAACUUCGGACGUAAGCUAUUCACCUUCACCAUAUCCCGUGCCAAGGACUUCUUCGUGUCCUUCUUCCUGCCCAAACUGGUGUCCCUGAUGCGCAUCCAGUUCUUCACACCGGACUUUUCCCGCUUCAUGCGGAGCACCAUUGGUCAUGUAAUGGAGGAACGAGAGCGAACGGGCUUCAUCCGCAACGAUCUGAUUGAUGUCUUGGUGGGUCUGCGCAAGGAGGCGGCCGCUGAGCCCUCGAAACCGCAUUAUGCCAAGAACAAUGACUUCUUGGUGGCCCAGGCGGGUGUCUUCUUUACGGCUGGCUUCGAGACCUCCUCCUCGACGAUGUCCUUUGCUCUCUAUGAGAUGGCCAAACAUCCCGAGAUGCAGCAACGACUGCGCCAGGAGAUCAACGAAGCUUUGGUCGAAGGCGGUGGCACACUGUCCUACGAGAAGAUCCAGUCCCUGGAGUACCUAAGCAUGGUGGUGGAUGAGGUGCUGCGCAUGUAUCCGGUACUGCCCUUCCUGGACCGCGAGUACGAGAGUGUCAAGGGUCAGCCGGAUCUGAGCCUGAAGCCGUUCUACGAUUAUACAUUUGAGAACGGGACACCAGUGUUUAUACCCGUCUAUGCAUUGCAGCAUGAUCCAAAGUACUGGACCAAUCCCAGCCAGUUUGAUCCGGAACGCUUCUCGCCCGAGAAUCGCAAGUCCAUCGUGGCCAUGGCCUACCAGCCCUUCGGAUCCGGUCCCCACAACUGCAUCGGCAGUCGGAUUGGCCUGCUCCAGAGCAAACUGGGCCUCGUCAGCCUGCUGAAGAAUCACUCGGUCAGGAGUUGCGCGGCCACCAUGAAGGAGAUGAAGUUCGAUCCCAAGGGCUUUGUGCUGCAGGCCGAGGCAGGUAUCCAUCUGGAGAUUGUUCAUGAUCGUCUCUACGAUGAAAGCGCCGCACGGGGCGAUAGCACGCAAUUCGUCAAUCAAAUUGCCUUCAAGAUGCGACACCAGCUCAAUUUUAAAUCCCAAAACACGCGACUCUACGGCUCAGUUAUCGCUCAGUGGUUGUGGGCUGCAUUGCUCCCAAAAAAACUCCAAAAACUAUCCACAUCUUGUCCAGGAAUCAUGUUGCUCCUCUGGCUGCUGCUGCUCACCAUACUGGCUCUAAAUCUCUGGCUGAGACACAAGUACGCCUACUUCAGGAACCUUGGGAUUCCCUACCUGCCUGCCUCCUCCUGGUCACCGAUGGGCAACCUGGGCCAGCUUCUGUUCCUCCGCAUUUCGUUUGGAGAUCUCUUUCGACAGCUCUACGCACAUCCACUUUGUGGUGGAGCCAAGGUUGUGGGCUUCUUUGUCUUCCAAACACCGGCCCUGAUGGUGCGCGAUCCGGAGCUAAUCCGCCAAGUGCUGGUCAAGAACUUUAACAGCUUCCUGAACCGCUACGAAUCGGCGGACGUGGAAGACACCAUGGGUGCGCUGACCCUGCCGCUGGCCAAGUACCAUCACUGGAAGGAGAGUCGGCAGUGCAUGUCGCAGCUCUUCACCAGCGGACGCAUGCGGGAGAUCAUAUAUCCGCAGAUCUUGAAUGUGGCCAGCGACCUGGAGAGCUACCUCAACCGAAAGCUGCGAAGUCAUCCAAGUCGGGUCCUCCCACUGGGCCGCAUGUGCCAGUUGUACACCACCGAUGUGACCGGUAAUCUCUUCUACAGCCUGGAUGUGGGCGGAUUGCGACGGGGGCGAUCUCAGCUGCUGAAGAAAACUAAGGAGUUAUUUAACACCAAUUUCCGCAAGGUUCUGGACUUCAUGAUCGUGUUCUUCCUGCCCAAGUGGACGAGUCUAUUGAGACCUAAGGUUUUCAGCGAAGACUAUGCGCAGUAUAUAAGGGAAGUGGUGGAGGAACAUCAGGACCACAAGAAGGAUGAUCUUAUCAAGCAACUGCAGCAUUUUCAGAUCAGUCGCUCCUCGGACCACUACUCCCAACACCCAGACUUCAUAGCCUCUCAGGCAGGCAUCAUCCUGCUGGCCGGAUUCGAGACCUCCUCAGCCCUAAUGGGAUUCACUCUCUACGAGCUGGCCAAGGCGCCUGGUAUCCAAGAGCGACUGAGACGGGAGCUGUGUGAGGCCUUCGGUUCCACCUCCACCCUCUCCUAUGAGACGCUGAACGCUUUGCCUUACCUCAAAAUGGUAUGUUCGGAGGCACUGCGUCUCUAUCCGGCUGCUGCAUUCGUCAACAGGGAGUGUACCAGUUCGGAACCAGAGGGAGUCUCCUUGCAGCCACAUGUGGACUUUGUGGUGCCCCCCGGCAUGCCAGCCUACAUCUCCAUACUUGGCCUCCAUCGUGAUGAAAAGUACUGGCCCGAGCCCUACCGCUUCGAUCCCGAGAGGUUCGCCCCAGAACGGACUAAGGAUAUUCACCCGAUGACCUAUAUACCAUUUGGAGCUGGUCCCCAUGGCUGCAUUGGCAACCGUCUGGGAAUCCUUCAGCUAAAACUGGGCAUAGCUCACAUCCUAAAACUCUAUUGGGUGGAGGUUUGCGAGCGAACAGUAGCGGAGAUUCGUUUCAAUCCCAAAUCCUUCAUGUUAAAGUCGCAGGAUGAGAUAUACCUGAGAUUCUGCAGGGAUAAUUUGUAG